AUGGUGAACACAAGAAGCGCCUCCAAGUCAGCCUCGGUAGCCGGUGCCACGGACAGCACCGGUACUGAGGCCACCGCGACGACGGCAACCACGAGCAGCGGGGAUACCUACACGUCGACGGGAGCAUCCACGGACACAUCGAACGAAGCAUCAAGCACUGCGGCCGCCUCAGAAGUCACGGCGCCCGCCUCCGCUACAGCCCGUGCCCCUGCCCCCGCGACCCCCGCGCCUACCCCUGCGACGCCGAAGCCCGUCAAGCCGCACACGCCACGUCGCGCAUGUUCAAAUGCGUCUUCAAAGGGUCGCCGCCGGGAGUUGCUGAAGGCCAAGGAAGAGCUUCUGAAGAAACAAAUGGAGUUAGCCGCCGUACGGGUGGCCAUGCUGGAAGAAGAAACGGACGAUGAAGAAGAAGAAGACGACACCUCCACCAUAAGGGGUGUCCGCAUGUCCGAGUGGGUACAACAAAGUACUCUCGCGCUGACCAUGCAACCACAUCACGCCGUGCCGAGAGAAGACGCCGGAGCGACAGCGGGCCUCCCACGCCGGACAUCGAUGCCAGAGCCGCGCAUCGAAGCCAGUCCACCGGGAGCCGCACUGGAGAACGCCGCGCCGCCGUCUGCACGUCGUGAGCCGUGUCCCAUGGGUGCCGACGAGCCGAGAGUACAGCUGCCACCGAACCCGUACACGUCAGAGCCGCACGUGUACGAGCCGCCGCGUCCGGUGCAGCAUCGCUACGACCCACGACCGAACGCCUUCGACUACAAGGAGCUAGCCGAAGCCAUCGCCCUCGCUGCACGUGCGCUGCCGUCGCUGCCUCAACAUGUCGCCGCGCCGCGCCAUGUCAACGAGCUACCAACGUUCAGCGGGGCAUCGAGUGAUUGGCUGCCAUUCAAGGCGGCCUAUGAAGAAUCUGCGCAGUCCCUCACGGAGCAAGAGAACCUGUCUCGACUGCGCAGAGCCAUCAAAGGAGCAGCGAAGGAGGCCGUCCACUGCCUGUUCAUCGGGACGCCCUCUACGAGAGAAGUGAUGGAGCUGCUGUCUGCGCAAUUCGGGAGGCCGGACGCACUCAUCAUUCACGAGAUGGAGAAGCUGCGCAGACUACCGAAGAUCGUCGACACUCCGAAGGCCAUCUGCGACUUCGCCGCGACAAUGACCAACGCGACGGCCACAGUGGUGGCAUUGAAGAAGGAGCAGUACCUACACAAUGCGGAGAUCGUCAACAACGUCGUGGAAAAGCUGCCGGCCACACUGCGCAACGAGUGCUACACCUACAUCACCGAGCAGCCUGAAUACAUCCCCGACCUAGUGAAGCUGACGCAGUUCGCCAAGCGGGCCGCGGCACGGUGCAGCCGCUUCGCGCCCAUGGACAUCGCAGCGAGUGACCGGCGGGAGCCCGCGCCAAAGAAGACUGCGCGCAUGUACCACGUCGACACAGCUACAGCUGCGAAGCCUGCGUGCCCCAUCUGCGGCGAGAAGCAUGAAGCUGCCGCCUGUCCGACACUGAAGCGAGCCGAAGUACCUGCGAGGUGGGACAUAGCGAAGAAAUACAAACUAUGUUUCCGCUGCAUGAAGAUCCGCAAGUACCGACACUCCUGCAAGCCGAAGCAGUGCGACAAGGACGGGUGUACCUACAUGCACCAUCCGCUGCUGCAUGGCGGUACCUACGCAUCGACCGCCAGUACGCAAGUCGUCCAAGAAUCUGAAGCGGUAACAACAGCGCGAGAAGAAAGAAGUGCAACGGGGCUCCUGAAGAUACUACAGGUACGAGUCACCGGGCCAAAGGGGUCGCUCUACACCUACGCGCUACUAGACGACGGGUCGACGUGCACACUCAUCGAGUCAGCAGUCGCGCAGCAGAUCGGAGCAACGGGACCGCCGUCACCCUUUUACAUAGAAGGGGUGUCGGGCAUGAAGAUCGACGCCAGUGAGUCGCGCCGAGUCAACUUGAAGAUCUGCGGGCGCAACACGAGCGAAGUCGACAUCUGCGCGCGCACAGUGCCGGACAUCGGUGUCUCGCCUCAGACGGUGCCUGCGGGGAUCAUCGAGAGCUGCCCACACCUGCAGGACAUCAAAGAAGACAUCCUCUACGAGCGAGGCGCCGCCACCAUCCUGCUCGGGCAAGAUAACUGGGAGUUGCUGCUCACGCACGCUUUCAAGUCGGGUGCGCGCGGACAACCUGUGGCGUCACUCACGACGCUCGGGUGGGUGCUACACGGCGUGCAGUACCGACAGCCGGCAGUGCAGCGCGUGCACCACCUCACGGUGCAGCCGCUUCAAGAAGAGACAAUGGAAAAAAUGAUGCGGGACCACUUCGCACUCGAGUCGCUGUGCGUCGACAAGAAGAAAUCAUACACAGAGGCCGAGCGACGCGCGCUUAAGCAGCUAGAAGAAAACACGCGCGCACUACCGGCGGGAGGCUACGAGACAUGCCUCCUGUGGAAAGAAGACGACCCUCGGCCACCAGACAACUACUCGAGUACAAUGAAACGACUCGAGUUGCUCGAGAGGAAGCUGGACAAGAACGAAGCUAUGAAGACGCGGUACAACGCACAGAUGCAGGUGCUGCUCGACAGCGGCUACGUUGAGGAGGCGCCGCGUGAGAAAAACGAGAAGAUCUGGUACCUGCCUCACUUCGCUGUCAUCAACCCUCAGAAGCCGGAGAAACUGAGGAUCGUCCACGACGCCGCCGCUCGAACGAGAGGGACAAGUCUCAACGACAUGCUGCUGCCCGGCCCAGACCUCCUGCAGUCACUCCCGGGGGUCCUCAUGCGGUUCCGGCAACAUGCAGUGGCGGUGAGCGCGGACAUAAAAGAUAUGUUCAUGCGCGUUCACAUCCGAGAAGAAGAUCGCGACAUGCAGCGCUUCCUAUGGAGGGGAGAUCGACGCGCCGGCCCGCCUACCGAGUAUCGCAUGAAGAGCGUUAUAUUCGGUGCGACUUCAUCACCGUGUACGGCUAUUUACGUGAAAAAUAGCAACGCCGAGCGCUACAAGGACAUCUACCCGGAGGCAGCCGAGGCCGUGGUGAGAAAUCACUACGUGGACGACUACCUGGCGAGCUACGAAACAGAAGAAGAGGCGGUGCGCAUCUCCACUGAAGUCAACAAGAUACAUCACUUCGCGAACUACGACCUGCAGAAGUGGACGUCGAACAGCCGCAUCGUGCUCGCUCAGCUGUCGUCAUCUGAAGCUGAAGACCCUAGACUGCUGCAACUGGACCCGGGGAAGCUGCUGGGCAUGGUGUGGCACCCGGAGGACGACACACUCUCCUUCAACUUGAACAAACAUCGCAUCCCCGAGGCAAUACUGAGCGGCGAGCGCACACCUACGAAGAGAGAAGCGCUGCGGACAGUCAUGUCGAUCUACGACCCGCUCGGACUCGCCACGCCGGUCACCGUGCAAGCGAAGCGCAUCCUACAAGACGUCUGGCGCUCCGGCAUCGACUGGGACGCCGGAAAAGCAAGAGUCGCACAGCUCAACAAGGUGGUCUCCAUCCCGCGACUCGAACUGCAAGCGGCCGUGCUGGGAUGCCGCCUCGCACAAGCCGCCAUCGAAGAACACGACUUGAAGCCGAGUCGUCGAGUGUACUGGUCGGACUCAAGAACAGUACUCACGUGGCUACGAAAUGGCCCACGUACCUACAAGCCGUUCGUAGCACACCGCGUAGCCGAGAUAAGCGACACUACGAAAACAAAGGAGUGGCGCUGGGUACCUACAAAGGAGAACACAGCCGACGACGCGACACGCGACACGCCCCCGGACUUCAACUCAAGUCACCGGUGGUACCGCGGCCCCGCCUUCCUAUACCUACCGGAGGAGCACUGGUCGCGAGAAGAGAAGAUCGUCGAAGAAGACACGGGAGAAGAGCGAACACUCGUCACUGUCGCCGCCACACGCUUGUCUGAGGCCCUGCCAGACAUAACUCGCUUCAGUAACUUUAUGCGAGUUAUUCGAGCGACGGCACGGGUACUACAAUUCAUCGAGCUACUACGUGCGAAGAAACAAACAGUGCUGCAUAAGCGCACUAAGAAGAAUGAAGAGGCCGACCCUGCAUGGACGAGUACUACGCCGAGAACAGCUACGCGGGCCGCUACGCCCGUCGUGAAGACAGCUGUGCGGAAGUACCUACUUCUCAGCGCUCGGCACAUGCACCGCGCGCGUCAACUGUGGCUACGCUCGCAACAACAAGAAAACUUCGCUGAAGAAAUAGCUGCGCUACAGAAAAGCGUCGCUAUACCUACUACGAGUCGACUGCACAACUUAUCAGUCAUACUCGACGAAGAGAAGAUCAUCAGACUACGUUCAAGAAUAGCGACUGCCGCCGACAUCACCCCAUCGCAACGUGAACCGGCAGUACUCGACGGCAAUCAUCGGUGGACCCGACUGUACAUCGCUUGGGUACACAAACAGCUUCACCACGGCGGGUUCGAGACAACUGCGAAUGAAGUCCGGCAACACUACUGGGUGCUGAGACUACGACACGCCGUGCGCAGCGAAGUGAAGCAAUGCCUGGCCUGCCGCAUACGGAAGGCCACACCUGCGCAGCCGUCGACGGGCAACCAUCCACAUACACGGCUCGCGCAUCACCAGAGGCCGUUCACCUACACCGGACUCGACUACUUUGGCCCUCUCAUGGUCACUGUGGGUCGUACGAAGCAGAAGAGGUACGGCGUGCUGUUCACGUGCCUCACCACUCGAGCAGUACACCUCGAGGUCGCCGGCAGCCUGAGCACGGACUCGGCUAUCAUGGCGCUGCGACGGUUCAUCGCGCGGCGCAACUGUCCCUCCGAGCUUCACUCCGACAACGGGACCAACCUGCGGGGCGCCGACGUCGAGUUGAAGAAAGCAGCGCUGGCGGCCAUGGAGGAGGAGGCGUCGGUGCGCUUCAUACAGUGGCGGUACAUCCCUCCGAGCGCGCCAUUCAUGGGAGGCGCGUGGGAACGGCUGGUGCGGAGCGUCAAGAACGCGCUGCAAGUCACACUGCACGAGCGCGCGCCGAAAGAAGAGGUCCUCGCUACACUACUGGUCGAGGCGGAGCACACCAUCAACAGUCGGCCACUCACCCACGUGUCGACCUCUGCAGACGACGAGGAAGCCCUCACGCCGAACCACUUCCUGCUGGGCACGCCGUCACGAGUGCCGCUGCCGGGAGCCUUCACCGAGGACGACGAGGCCGGCCGCAAGGACUGGAGGACGAGUCAACGCCUGGCAGACAUGUUCUGGGCGCGCUGGGUACGAGAAUACCUACCGGAGCUGCAACACCGGCGGGAGCCCCGAGCCACCAACGGGGCCAUCAAGAAGGACGACCUCGUGCUCAUCGCGGACGGGACUCUACCACGGAACUGCUGGCCACGCGGAGUCGUCGUGUCUACCUACCCCGGUCCAGACGGCGAGGUGCGAGCAGUCGACGUGCGCACCAACAGAGGGGUACUCCGGCGGCCUACGAAGAAAUUGGUCAUUCUGCCAGUCAACACUUGA